CUUCCUCUGUUUUGGAGUGAAUGCUUUGCCUGAAAAAUUUCCUACCCAAAACUCAUUUAUGUGAUAAGGAUGGGAUGCUUUCAUGCACAGAAGAAAGAAUUACCUGAUGCCUCAGCAUGGUAAUUCUGAUGCCAUAUGUCAGGGUAUUCAUCAAAGUCACUGUAGGGUUCGUUCUGAAAGUAUUAUUUGACAUCUUUUUUCAACUUAGACUCUGAAUCUUACACUUCCAACUAUUGCAACUGGUUACUAGAAAAAUAUAUUUAAAUACUUAUAAUUCUGUUGUUUUAGUGCCUUUUUCAUAGGAAUUAUUACAUUGUAGGGGGAAGAUGCUACUGCAUAUUGUCACAUGUAACAAAUUUGAAGACUCCCAGUUAAAUACUGUAUAUAAUUUGUAAGAUAACUUUUUCAUUGAGAAAGAGUGUUUUGUUGUGUUUAGAAAAGUACCUCUUACCCCUCCCCCGAGACCGUAUGCAUUUUGUAUUUGGACUCUGAACCACCUGGCCGAGUUCUAAACUUGAGUAUCUAUUAGCGAUAAGAAAAUAGAACAAUUUUCCUUACAAGUUUGUCUUAAACCUUACCCAAAAGGGCUAGCUGCAUAUACAUUGAAUCUUUGAAUUUUAUGCUGUGUCUAUUUUUUUAUUUCCCAGUCUGAGGGUAGUGGCUUGAAUAUGGUGAUAGUGUGAUUUUUGACCCAGGGAUGCAGAGGGGUGAUGCUGAGGGAUUCUGGCUGAGUCAACAUCCUGAGAGUAGAUCCUCUCAAGGAGAUUUAUAUUAUCCAGACUCACAAAGAAAAAUCAGUCCAUUUUGAUGUAUUAUAGUGAGAAAUGCAGCUGUUAGGAAAACUAGAACUCUCUUGUCUUUAGAUUGGCGUAUUUUCUCCCUGUAGGCAUGCUGCUUGAAAAGGCAAAUUAUAAAUAGACUUGCUUAAAGACGAAGGGAUUAGAUUAAGAGAAUUAGUUGCCCUGCCCAGAGCCAGGACAGCCCAGGGAAGAGCAGGCCAACCUGUAGCCCUUUGGAUUGUUUCCCAGCCCUACCUCAUCAUAAGGCUCACCUGAGGCAUUUGUUAAAACUGUUGAUCACCAAACCCCUUUCCUGGUGACUCUUUCAGGAGUCUGGAAAGGGCCUGGAAUAUGGGUUUUUUUAAAAAACAAGUGUUUCUGUUGUAUGAUCAGACAGGUUUGGGAAAUAUUGGAGGCCUAGUGUUUCUUUUUUUCUUUUAAUAUCAUGUUUGCUUUUUGUCUGUUUCUUAUUUCAUGAAGGUAAUAUGUGCUCUUUGUAGAAGCUUAGAAAUUUAGGAAGGCACAAAGAAGAAAAUAAACAUUAUCCACAAUCCUGCCAUCUAUUAUUUCCAGUACUGUUGACAUUUUGACACUUCUGACAACUUCAACUUUGUCAGGCCAGUUGUUUUAAGAAUAUUGUACUACUCAGACAUAAGGUAGUAUUAAAAUUGUCAAACUCAUUAUGCCCCAGAAAGUACCCAGUGAAUGCCAUUGGAAUGCUUCGAGCCACUUUUGGGCCAGGUGCCAGUGAUUUUCUCACUGCCCAAGUUACCUUAGAUUUAGGAUGAAGUUUGCAAAAUCAAGACAAUUUUUUUCCAUUUUAAUUACACAUUUGUAUUUCAAACCUAUACAAAAGCAAAUGAAUACUCCAUAACCCCAUAUAUCUAUCAUUUUGCCAUAUAUGCUUUCUCUCUUUCUCUCUACACACACACAUAGACACACACAAACUAUUUGAAAGUAAAUUGCAAACAACUGACAUUUUACCCCCAAAUAGCUUCAGUACAAAUGUCCUAAAAACAAGGACAUUCUUCUAUAUAGUUAUAAUAUCAUUAUCAUACCUAAGAAAUUUAACUCUGAUACUUAUUAGCUACACUCCGUAUUCAGAUUUUACCCCAUUGUCCCAAUAAUGUCCUUUAGCGCUCUUUGUCUUUUUGUCUGUCUGUUUUGGAUCCAGGAUCCAGCUGAAGAUUGAGCAUUGCAUUUAGUUGUUCUGUCCUUUAGUCUGGUUUAGUCUAUAACCACUCCCCUAUCUUUUCUUUCCCCUCUUUUCUUUCCUCUUUAUGACGUUGACAUCUUUGAAUGAGUCAGGCCUGUUGCUUUAUAGAAUGUCUCACACUCUGGAUUUUCUAGUAGUGUCCCCAUUAUUAGGAUCAAGAUAAACAUCUUGACUAAAAUACUGUGUUGUUGAUGCUUUGUUUUUUUCCAUUACAGCACAUGUGGAGACUCGUAAAUGGGAGCUCAGAAUGUCUGAGUUCCGCAGAGCAGAUGGAGUCCGAGGACAUGCUGAGCGCCUUAGGCUGGAGCAGGGAAGACAGGCCGAGGCAGAACUCCAAAACUGCAAAGAAUGCCUUCCAAACGCUAUCUCCCAUGGUCGUCAUGAAGAAUGUGCUGGUCAAACAGGGCAGCAGCUCGUCCCAGCUCCAGUCGUGGACUGUCCAGCCCUCCUUUGAAGUGAUCUCAGCACAGCCACAGCUCUUAUUCCUUCAUCCACCUGUACCGUCUCCUGUCAGUCCAUGUCACACUGGCGAGAAAAAGUCCGACUCCAGGAACUACUUGCCCAUUCUAAAUUCUUACACCAAAAUAGCCCCACAUCCAGGCAAAAGGGGCCUUUCCCUUGGCCCAGAAGAAAAAGGAGCAAGUGGAGUGCAGAAGAAAAUCUGUACCGAGAGACUCGGGCCUAGCUUGUCUUCCAGUGAGCCAACCAAGGCUGGUGCUGUUCCGUCCAGUCCCUCCACGCCAGCACCGCCCAGCGCCAAACUUGCCGAGGACUCGACUCUGCAGGGUGUGCCCUCCCUAGUGGCAGGUGGAAGUCCACAGACUCUUCAGCCAGUAUCCAGCAGUCACGUGGCUAAAGCUCCCAGUCUGACCUUUGCUUCCCCCGCCAGUCCUGUCUGCGCAUCAGACAGCACUCUGCAUGGGUUAGAGAGCAACUCUCCCCUUUCACCACUGUCUGCUAAUUAUAGCUCACCUUUAUGGGCUGCAGAGCACCUCUGCCGCAGCCCAGAUAUCUUUUCAGAGCAGCGGCAGAGCAAACAUAGGCGCUUUCAGAAUACCCUAGUAGUCCUACACAAAUCUGGUUUGCUGGAGAUCACUUUGAAAACAAAGGAGUUGAUUCGUCAGAACCAGGCAACUCAGGUAGAGCUAGACCAGCUAAAGGAGCAAACCCAGCUGUUUAUAGAGGCCAUCAAAAGCAGGGCUCCUCAGGCUUGGGCCAAGCUGCAGGCAUCUUUAACACCUGGGUCCAGCAAUGCAGGCAGUGACCUAGAAGCAUUCUCUCAUCACCCAGACAUAUAGCACAGAGGCACAUUUUCCUGUUACUUGAGUGGUUCUUUUAGCUCGUUUGCUGUUACCUACUCCUGUUUCCCAAAACUUAUGUAAGAGCUUUUCCUUCUAAACUUAAACUGUGUUGUGGUUCACUUAGGAAGCCACAUGCCAAUACCUGGCUGCUGUCUUAACUUGUGGUCUGGGCACAGGAUACAUAUGUCCCCGUUCCACUGAGGACCUCAGUUUCGGAGUGCCCUUGAGCCCCUUUUCCUUAGCCUGAAGGUGCUUCAAUGGAUCAUGGGGCAGAGCAGGAGAUGAUUGUUUAUGGGGCUCUUCCUGCUGACACCUCCCACUGUCCCACUCACUAACCAGGAUCAAGGGUGCAGUAACACAAAUGAGGAUACAGACGACGCCUGUUGAGUCAGGGAGUAGGUGACACAAGGAAACCUUCAUGGCUCUUCCUUUGCCUGUCUUAAUCAUGGAGAGAAAUAGGGGGUAUGUUUGCAUUCCACAAGGCAUUGUGCUAGUUGGGUGAGACCUAAAAUGCCCUGGGCACAGGUUGUAGCUUGUUGCAAGCACUUACUCAACACUUUUGUUUCCUUAAACUUGAAAGUCAAGGGAAAGGGUAGUACCAUCUGACUUCUACACUUUCAUUACAAGUCAGAUUUCUCUUAAACUAGCAGGCAAAGAAAAAUACUUCCAAAUUUUAAGGUAUGGAAUGGAUGCAGUACCAUCUGGAAUUAUAGUCAGUGAAUUGCUUUUUUGACUUAGAAACUGAAGGAAAUAGACAUGGCCCACAUAUCUCAUGGUCAGGAGCUGGACAAUUCUGGUAACUUGUGCUUUUUUUCUCUCUUCUUUUGAAACAGUGUUACCUGUUUUAUGUCCAAAAAUCUUAAGGAUAGUUUCAGUGGUUCCUGGGGAUAUUGGAUAAAUUAACUCUGUUGCCACCUUGUUUUUUGUCCCAUUUAUUUUGAUAAAAGAAGUUAUUAUGCUUGAUAAACUUUGAAUUAAAUACAGUUGUCUUAAGGGUAUGAUAAUAAGUUCACAAAAAUUAGAAAGCGAUGUGAAAAGAAAAUGGUUUUUCUUUUCACAUCCCAAGUUUUCACUUGUUCCAUGUAUAGUGAUGGGAAGCAGUUACGGAGCAGCAUCUUCUGUGUUUCCUUCAUGUGUUAGAUGUUGGCAACAAAGCCAAAAGUGUAACAUUGAUUAUAUGAAGUUCAUCUCAAAAUGGAGAACAUGACCAGAGUUUCCAGAUGAUACACGUUCUUUUCAGCUUUAUUAUAUAGGCAACUAUGUUUCUAAGUAGUAAAGUUUCAAAAUACUCUCUCAUUUUAAAAUUUCAUCCUCUUGAAAACCUUUGUGUUUUACAAAAUCAUCUUAAGAAGUUCUGUAUGAUCAGCUUCAUCUUUUCUUUUUUUUUGAGACAGAGUUUCGCUCUUGUUGCCCAGGGCUGGAGUGCAAUGGUGGGAUCUUGGCUCACUGCAGCCUCUGCCUCCCAAGUUCAAACAAUUCUCCUGCCUCAGCCUCCUAAGUAGCUGGGAUUACAGGCACCCAUCACCACGCCCAGGUAAUUUUUGUAUUUUUAGUAGAGAGGGGGUUUCACCACAUUGGCCAGGCUGAUAUUGAACUCCUGACCUCAGGUGAUCCACUCACCUCAGCCUCCCAAAGUGCUGGGAUUACAGGCCUGAGCCACCACGCUUGGCCCAGCUUCACCUUUCCUGCAAAGAAAAGUUUUAUCAAGGCCAGAAGUUAAAGAUCAUAUUUCCUAGGUAGUUGUAACUCUAGCAGAGUUUUAAAGAUAUGUGGCUUCAGAUUGCCUAUACUUUGUAUACAAACGUGAUUUAGAUAUGACUGAUUUUGAAGUACACAACUUGGUAACAUCCCUAGACUCCCCUCAUCAAUGCAGAAUUAUUAUCUGCUAUUUGCUUUCUGAAAGAAUUUCAGAAAUCAGAGCAAAUGUGUCUUUAGGCAGACUCAACUCCUUUUAAUAUUUUUUUCUUGGCCCACUCUCUUUGCCUCCCCUGAAUCUGUGUGGUACUAUAGCAGCUCUAUUCUGUGCACCAUGCUAGGAAGCUUCCUUUUUGGCAGAAUAUGUUUGGCAGCAAAGCUAUAGAGACAGGUGCAUUCAGAACAGCCUGGGCACCAGUCAUGAGUCUUACUGAGUGUCAAAAAUCUGAAAACACUUGCUGAGAACCAAAUUUAUUCCAUUGGAAAAACCCUCUGUGCAGCUAUAAGCCUCUUGGACUCUUUUUCCUAGAUUAAGGCUUGCAUUUCCUUUCCUGUUUCAGUAAAAGAUGAUGAAAGCCAUUAUCGAUCCUCACUGCUGAGUGGCAGGGAGAAGCAGCACCACCCCCAGCUCUUCUCUAAUCUUGUAACUUGGUGCUAGAAGUCUCUCCAGGCUGUUACCAUGGGUGUUUGUUCCCUAUUGGAGCUAUAAGCAGAUGAAUCCAAGUAGAGAAGAUAGAUCUUGGAAGGAGAGAUCCACUGGGGCCAGCAGACAGUUGGGGCCAGAAGCCAGAUCAGCAAAUGGAGGAAAUUCGGAGGUGACCAGAAAGAUCUCCAUCGGUUGCCCAAGGCUGUAAGUAGUAGUGAUGGUUCUAGCGAUGCAUAACAUAAUUGGCUAUGAAGUACUGUGGCAGAGUUGCUGAUUUCUAAAGGUGAGAAGCCAUUUUUAGCUCAGAGCAACCCUUAAGAGAAAUCUUGGCAGAUUUUGUUGGCAUUAUUGAAAUACAUCUAGAAAAGUUGCUGAUUGCAAUAGUUAUGGGAAUGGAAUUUAAUGACAUUUGUAAUUUAUUACACUCAUUGGUUUUUAUUGAUUAUAGUAUUGUCUUUUUCUUUUCUACUAUGGUUCCUUUAGCAGAAAAGUCACCUUUGCGCAUAUAUUGAAGUGGUUUUUGAGCUAUGAAUUCCUUAGGGUAGCAAUUUAUUUAGCAAAUGUGAAUUCUUUUGAGAAAGUAUGAAGUUUUGUAGAAAUCGACUGUGAAAUCUCAGAAAAAAAUAAAAGUCACUUACUUGAAACCUA